GUGAUCGGUUCCGCGCCGCCUCCCUCCCCAGGAGCCGCCGCCGCCCCUCCCAGCCGUCGCCUCCGCCCCCGCCCCCGACCUCGCCGCGUCCCCUCCUCCCGCUCGCUCCCCCUCCUCCAGCAACGAGGAGGAGCGGCCGGUGCCCCCGCCCCCGCCCCCGGGCAGCCACCGCCUCCCCGUAAACUCAUCCGCCACAAAUCCACGGCCGCGGCGUCGGGCGGGGCCGUCGGGGCGAGAUGCUGCGGCAGGAGGAGAAGCUGCGCUGCACCAAGGAGCCCUUCAUCGAGGAUGUCGGCACCCGAAGGAUAAAGAGCAUGCGGUUCAGCAUGUUCUCCGGCAAGGAGAUACGCCAGUCCGCGGAGGCGCAGGUCUGGAACAACCGGAUCUACGAGCCCAACAUGAAGCCGGCGCCCAACGGACUGCUAGACACGCGGAUGGGAGCUGCGAACAAGCAGGGGGAGUGCGGCACCUGCCACGGUUCGUACACUGAGUGCCCAGGCCAUUUCGGUUACCUGAAGCUCGCGCUGCCGGUUUUCAAUAUUGGGUUCUUCAACAAUAUCCUGGAUGUAGUCAAGUGUAUCUGCAAGGGCUGUAGCAGGGUCCUUCUUGUGGAGAAAGAUCGCCGAGAGUUUCUGAAGAAGAUGCGACAACCUAGAGCAGAGCCACUGGUCAAAUUUGCCCUCAUGAAGAAAGUGAGGGACAAAUGCAAGCUAUCCCGUUGCCCCUGGUGUGGAUUCAUAAAUGGUGUAGCUAAGAAGGGCAGAAUGGGCUUGGUAAUUGUUCAUGAUUGUAGCAAAACUUUGGACGGAAGUACAGAAGAGCUCCGGUCUGCGUUAUCACACAAGAAAGAAAAACUAGCCAUUACUUCAAUUCACACAUUGGACCCUGCAACUGUUCUAUCUCUUUUCAGAAGAAUGAUUGAUGAGGACUGUGAAUUGCUAAACCUUGGUGAUAGGCCUGAGAAACUUAUCAUUACAGAGAUCGCAGUGCCACCUGUGCCUAUCCGUCCUUCCGUUUUUGUUGGUGGCGGUGGUGGUAGAAUGAGCAAUGAAGAUAGUAUUACUUGCAUAUUGAAGAAUAUUGUUAAUACAAAUUCCAUCCUUAAGGGGACCCUUCAAAGUGGUGAACCGCUUGCGAAGUGCUUUGAUUGCUGGCAACACCUUCAGCUUCAAGUUGUUGAAUAUAUCAAUAGUGACGCCCCUUGUCUUAUUGACUCACAACACCGUGGCCUUAUUCAACGACUCAAAGGUAAGACAGGCCGUUUUCGUGGGAACUUGUCCGGAAAACGUACGGAGUACACCGGAAGGACUGUCAUAUCUCCUGACCCAAAUUUGAGGAUAACAGAGGUGGCUAUUCCUAUUUUGAUGGCUCGAGUCUUGACUUAUCCUGAAAGAGUUUCAUACUAUAACAUAGAGAAGCUGCGUCAAUGUAUACGAAAUGGACCACACAAACAUCCAGGGGCAAAUUUUAUAUUACAACCUGAUGGAACGAAGCUGCACUUAAAGUACUGUGAUAGAAGGAUCGCUGCUCGGGAUUUGAAAUAUGGCUGUAUAGUCGAAAGGCAUUUAGAAGAUGGCGACAUUGUCCUCUUCAACAGACAACCGAGCUUGCAUAGAAUGUCAAUCAUGUCACACAGGGCAAGGAUAAUGCCCUGGAGAACACUAAGAUUUAAUGAGUCUGUAUGCAACCCGUACAAUGCUGAUUUUGAUGGAGAUGAGAUGAAUUUGCACGUCCCACAGACAGAGGAAGCUCGUACUGAAGCACUUAUGCUUAUGGGGGUUCAGAACAAUUUAUGUACCCCUAAGAAUGGGGAAAUACUGGUUGCUUCCACGCAGGACUUUUUGACAUCUUCUUUUCUGAUCACGAGAAAAGACUCCUUCUAUGACAGGUCUUCCUUUACUCUCUUAUGUUCAUAUCUUGGAGAUGCAAUGGAAAAUAUUGAUUUGCCAACACCAGCAUUAAUUAAGCCUAUUGAGCUUUGGACUGGUAAACAACUAUUCAGUGUGUUAGUACGUCCUAACGCAUUUACAAAGGUCUAUCUGAAUCUUGGUGUUAGAGAGAAAAUCUGUACGAAGAAAUGCGCUCUUACUGUCGAAGAUAAGACAUCUGAAGCAGUACAUGAUGCAAUGUGUCCGAAUGAUGGUUUUGUCUACUUCCGAAACAGUGAACUUUUAUCUGGGCAAGUUGGGAAGAAAACUUUAGGUAAUGGGAAUAAUGAGGGCAUGUUCUCCGUUCUUAUAAGAGAUUAUAAUUCUCACGCUGCAGCAAGCUGUAUGAAUCGUCUGGCGAAGUUUAGUGCAAGGUUCAUAGGGAAUCAUGGGUUUUCAAUUGGUGUGGAUGAUGUCCAACCAGGAGAAAGUCUAAAUGAGAAAAAGGGGAAAACAAUAGGAGAAGGAUAUCAAGAAUGCCAUGAGCUUAUUGCUCAAUAUUCAAAGGGUGCACUCAAACCACAACCAGGAUGCAGUAGAGCUCAAACAUUGGAGGCUCGGAUAUCUGGUGUACUAAAUAAAUUAAGAGACACAGCUGGAGAUCACUGUAUGAGUACACUUCACUGGAGGAACAGCCCAUUGAUUAUGUCUCAGUGUGGAUCUAAAGGUUCUCCAAUCAAUAUCAGUCAGAUGGUUGUAUGUGUUGGCCAACAAUCAGUUGGAGGACGCCGUGCCCCAAAUGGUUUUAUAGAUCGAACGCUUCCUCACUUCCCUAUAAAUUCAAAGACCCCCGCGGCGAAAGGUUUUGUUGCUAAUUCAUUCUAUACCGGUUUGACUGCUACAGAGUUUUUCUUCCAUACAAUGGGUGGAAGAGAAGGUCUUGUUGACACAGCGGUCAAAACAGCAGAAACUGGAUACAUGUCCCGUAGGUUAAUGAAGGGUUUGGAAGAUCUCUCAGUUUUCUAUGAUCAGACAGUCCGCAAUGCUAGUGGUGGUAUAGUUCAAUUCGUCUAUGGAGAUGAUGGCAUGGAUCCUGUAAAGAUGGAAGGAAAAGGUGGCAACCCCUUGAAUCUGGACCAAUUGUUUAUGAAAGUCAUGGCCACAUGUCCUCAAAGGGGACAUGAAACAUUAUCUCCUGAGGCAAUCUCACAAAUGUUAAAUGAUAAGCUCUCCGAACAAGACCCCUCAGCUGGUGGUUGUAGCGAUAGGUUCAAGGAAUUGUUAACAAAAUUUGUCGGGAAUCGCAUCAAAAUGCUGAGAAACACAAGGCGGGCACUUCACCUAGAUGAAGAUCAUGUGGGAAGGAAGGACUCCAGCAUUGAGGAGUGCGUUGCUGCUAAUAUUUCUGGCAUAGCUGCAAAACAACUGCAGGUUUUUCUUGAUACUUGUUUAUCUCGUUAUCACUCAAAAAUAAUCGAAGCAGGAGCAUCAAUUGGUGCAAUCGGGGCUCAGAGUAUUGGGGAGCCUGGGACCCAGAUGACACUGAAAACCUUUCAUUUUGCAGGAGUAGCCAGCAUGAAUGUUACUCUUGGAGUUCCUCGCAUCAAGGAAAUCAUCAAUGCUGCUAAAAAGAUAAGCACACCUAUUAUAACUGCAGAACUUUUGUCUGGGCAGGAUGAGUCAUUUGGCGUAAAGGUGAAACGUUGUAUCGAGAAAGUAGUGCUGGGUGAGGUGGCAGCAGCCAUAAAGAUUGUCUUGAAAUCAAGCCAGCCAAAUUUGGUUGUGAAACUUGAUAUGCAACGAAUAGAAGCUCAGGGGUACGAAGGAAUCAAUGCCGACUCUGUGCAGCUAUCAAUAAUAAAUUAUCCAAAACUCAAGUUAAAAUCUCAGCAUGUUCGUGUAAUUGAUGAAGCCAAGUUGAGAAUAUAUCCAGAUGGAACAGAUAGAUCCAAACUCCAGUUUGAGCUGCACAAUCUCAAAUCCAUGCUUCCAAAAGUGAUUGUGAAGGGUAUUCCAACUGUUGAAAGAGCUGUUGUCAACCCCGUUAAAGGACGUGACAAAACCAUCGAAAGAUAUAACCUGCUGGUUGAAGGAACAAACCUGUUAGCAGUAUUGGGUGCUCCAGGAGUUGACGCUAUGAAAACAAAAAGUAAUCACAUCAUGGAGGUGAACCAGACACUCGGAAUCGAGGCCGCAAGGAGAUCUAUCAUCGAUGAGAUUCAGUAUACAUUUGAGAGCAACAACAUGAUCAUUGAUCUGAGACAUAUGAUGCUUCUGGCAGAUCUGAUGACAUACAAGGGGGAAGUCCUGGGCAUCACGAGAUAUGGGAUUGCGAAGAUGAAGAGCAGCGUGCUGAUGCUGGCCUCUUUCGAGAAAACUUCGGAGCAUCUCUUCAAUGCUUCAUACGCCGGGCGUGAGGAUCAGAUAGAUGGAGUCAGUGAGUGCAUUAUCAUGGGCAUACCCAUGCAACUUGGCACCGGCAUUCUCAAAGUUAGGCAAAGGCUCGAGAGUUUGCCGGAAUUUAAGUACCAGCCUGCUCCGAUCAUGUCGUCAUAACACAGAGGCAUACCGCAGUGAAAACCCAUCCAUCCGAAGCUGGAAGUCGGAGUAGCAUAGAUUGGGCUGUAGGUAGUUUUGAGGCGGCAUGGCAUGCCAUAGGGAAGGCAAGGACAUUUUUGGACAGGACCCGUAGCCACCGGGUCGCUUUAGCUUAGACAGGAAAACAGAAAAAAAAAGAUGAUUUUGAUAGCAUUUAUACCAGUACUAGACUAUUGAUUAUAUCUUAUCGAUCUCCAUAAAGAUGGAUACUGCUUAAUUGUUACUACCUGA